AUGUACCAGAUCCGCUACGCCACCGAGGCGGACAUGCCAGAACUAUGCGAAAUCAAUUACUCCAGUUUCAAACAAUAUCGCUUCCGUUCUGCCGUGUUCCCUGAAUCCGAUCCUCCGACUCUGAAACGUUUCAAGGCACUGAAUGGGAUGAAGCAAAUAGCCAACCCCGAGAUGCACGUUGUUGCGGUGACUGAUUCGACGACUGGCCAUAUUCUUGGGUAUGCCCGGUGGUUUAUUCCGGAAAUCCUCGGAGUGCCUCCACAUACCUGUUGCCUUAGUGAGGAGGGAGCGGCACAGGCGGCUGCUGCUGAAAGCCCAUUAACCCAUGCGCCUCGGCCUAUGAACGAAGGGCUUUUCUUCGCACCUCGAAAGCUCCUCGCGGGUACACGAAAGAGACACACUAUGGCUCGAGAUAUAGUUUUGGAUUUUCUAGCUACUCUACCUUCGCAUCGUGGUCGUGGAAUAGGCUCCGCACUGUUGGAGUGGGGCAUCGCGAUUGCGGACACUUUGCAUACUCGAAUUUAUCUCGAGGCCACACACGCUGGCUUGCCGUUGUAUCGCAAGUACGGGUGGAAGAUUGUGGAGCAGCUCGUUUUGGACCUAGAGUCAUAUGGGGAAUGUGGGCAGGAGAUAUUUACCCUCAUGUUGCGUGAACCGGUAUCACUCGAUCAUUCUGAACCAGCGAAGCUACUAAAUUGA